GAAGCCACACACUGACAUCUUUAUUAACUGCUAUCCUAUGGGACAACACUUUGACGCCAGCCUAUUGGCUGCUCCAGUGAGCAUGCGCUUCCAGACUGGCCAAUCGCCUUGCGACUUCCACCCCACCCUUCACCAUCUUAGCAUUGGGCGCUUCUAGCAGUAGCAGAGUCUAGUGAAGCUUCUGGCUACGUUCUUGGUUGAGGGCAGAAUCGAGGGUGGAGCUGCGCGGGCUGAGCCGGCAGAUUCUCCGGGACCCACGUGGAAGCCGCGCUCAGAAUGCUGCGUCGUGAGGCCCGCCUUCGCCGGGAGUACCUGUACCGCAAGGCACGCGAGGAGUCGCAGCGAGCCGCCCAGGAGAAGAAAGAGAAGGUUCGGCGCGCGCUCGAAGAGAACCGCCUGAUUCCUACGGAGUUACGCAGGGAGGCUCUGGCCUUACAGGGAUCCCUGGAGUUUGAUGAUGCCGGUGGUGAAGGUGUGACCAACCACAUGGAUGAUGAAUAUCGAUGGGCAGGGGUUGAGGAUCCUAAGGUCAUGAUCACUACCUCUCGAGAUCCCAGUUCUCGCCUGAAGAUGUUUGCAAAGGAGCUGAAGUUGGUGUUCCCGGGUGCCCAGCGCAUGAACCGUGGCCGGCAUGAGGUGGGGGCACUGGUGCGAGCCUGCAAAGCCAACGGGGUCACUGACCUGCUGGUUGUCCAUGAGCAUCGAGGCACACCUGUGGGGUUCAUUGUCAGCCACCUGCCCUUCGGCCCCACUGCUUACUUCACACUGUGCAAUGUGGUCAUGCGGCAUGACAUCCCUGACCUGGGAACCGUGUCAGAGGCCAAGCCUCACCUCAUCAUGCAUGGCUUCUCCUCCCGCCUAGGCAAGCGGGUCUCUGACAUACUCCGUUACCUGUUCCCUGUGCCCAAAGAUGACAGCCACCGGGUCAUCACCUUUGCGAACCAAGAUGAUUAUAUCUCCUUCCGGCACCACGUAUAUAGGAAGACCAACCACCGCAGUGUGGAGCUGACUGAGGUUGGGCCUCGCUUUGAACUGAAGUUGUAUAUGAUUCGCCUGGGCACGCUGGAGCAGGAGGCCACCGCAGAUGUGGAGUGGCGCUGGCACCCGUAUACCAACACCGCACGCAAGAGGGUCUUUCUGAGUGCUGAGUGAGCCCACUCACUGAUCAGGACAUAGACCUGGACCCAGGAGGAAGGGAGGGGUCAGAAUAAAGUCUGUGUGCCACACUA